AUGAUUACAGACAAUUCUUUACGUGUAACUAUUCACUUACAAAACAAAACUGCAAAAGAAUUUUCAGAGAGUGUAUGUAAUGGUUCUGGAGACAGCGUUGACAUAAAAUUAUUGUCGGAGAAACUACUGUCAAUGCAGUCCAAGGUGAACACGUUUCUCACAGAGUUGGUAGAACAGGAAAGGGAGACAACUCAGCAAACAAAUAUUGAAGUUAACUCAAAACUGGACGAUGAUGAUGAGGAUGAUGAUGAGGAAGGAGAUGAUGAUGAAGAUAUAAAUGAGCCACCAUUGAAGCAGCAGAAAACUUGAUACAAAGAAUGUGAUGACAAAAAAUAGACAAACAAAUUCUCAGAGAGUGGACAAAUUUAAUUGUGCCUGAAGUUAUGUUUACACUUGUUUUAAAGAGUGCCUUUACAUAGAGUAUCUUGUACUUUUAGAUAUUAUCAUGAAAGAAAUUCCAGCUGAAUUUAUGUAUUGAGACAAUUUUACAACUGAUUAUUGUGUAGACAACUUUACAACUGAUCGUUGUAACUGAUGGUAGGAUUUACAGUGGAGUAUGUGAGAUUGUACAGAUGUACAGAUUGGCCAGGCUCAUUUUGUCAUACUCAUAGUCAUUCUUUUUUUAAAAAGACAUUCACUAGUCUCAAGAGGGUAAAUGCAAAUAUGGCCAAAAUUAAGACAAAACUAGUGCACCCAUCUUAUGAGCAAGUAAUUACGGCAAUGGUUUAAUAUAAAGAUAUUCAAUAAUGAAUAUGAUUGUACAUUGUAUUCAUAAAGUAUGUCUUUAUUAUUUGAAACUUUAGAACUUACAUAUAUUUACCUGAACAUUCAGUUACAAACAUUUCAGUUAUGAAAAAAAUAUAUGUAUUAAAACAUUUGUCAAUGAAUUUUAUUAAACAAAACAUAUUGAUUUAAUUAUUGGUAAAUAUUGAAAUUCAGUUAAUGAAUUUUAUUAACA